CUAGCUUGUUCUCCAAACACCAGGAGGAUAAGUGGUUAAAGAAAGUUUAUUCCGAAAAACUAAAUGCUGUGACAGCUCUAAAGGAAACAGAGGUGCCCUUUUGGAGUCGGCCCAAACGCUGCUGUGUUUGAACCUUCCACCCCGACUGCUGACGCUCUCAAUGAGGUACAGAGGAGCUCAGAUCUACAUCUGGGCUCGAGGCUCAUGCUGUCUGUCUCGGCACCAUCUGGCGGCCAGAACCGCUCCGGUUCGACCGUACAGCUCUGAACCGCCGUCUCGACCUUCUCCACCCACUGGGUCCUCCCCUCUUGUACAGAAAGGUGCAGCUGAGGUGGUGAAGGAGCGCAGCCUGUCUGCCCUGCAGCAUGCAGGAGAGUUGGGCCGGGAGUGGAGCCGGAGGUCGGCGCAGGCGGCCACAGCCACUGUGAACUACUGGUGGGGGAGAUACGAAGAGUUUGUGGGGCUGACCGAGGUCCGCGAGGCUCAAACCAAGGUCACAGAGGCUGAAGCGGCGUUCAUGGUGGCCAGAGGAAUCGUGCGUGAGGCGCACAGCAGCCUGGAGGCGCUGCAGAGCCGCCUGAAGGAGGUCAGAGACCGGCUGGACCGCGUCUCCAGGGAGGAGGCUCACUACCUGGAGCUGGCCACGAUGGAGCACAAGCUGCUGCAGGAGGAACGGCGUCUCCGGACUGCGUACGAGAACGCCGAGAGUUCGGAGAGGGAAAAGUUCGGCCUGUUUUCGGCGGCGGUGAGGGAGAGUCACGAGAAGGAGAGGACGAGAGCGGAGCGCACCAAGAACUGGUCCAUCGUCGGCUCUGUGCUCGGAGCCCUGAUCGGGGUCAUGGGGUCAACGUACAUCAACCGCGUCCGCCUUCAGGAGUUGAAGAAUCUUCUUCUUGAGGCCCAGAAAGGUCCGGAGAGUCUGCAGGAGGCGCUGAAAGUGCAGGCUGGGAACCACCAAACCCAGCAGGACCAGCUGGGUGAACUCAUCGACAGCCUCCGGGUCACUCUGGCCGACGCCUUCACUCCGAGCAACAGCGCCCCCCAGGGGAAGGGAGGACCCACCACAGCCUCGCCUGCCGUUUCUCUUUCCACCUCUAAAGACCUUCAGGUCCAGAACCAGAAGACGGAGUCGCUGCUGGCGUCGCUGACGGCCCAACUGGGUCGGCUCCAGCAGGGCGUCGGUAAGGUGGAGGGCGAACUGCUGGCGGUGCGGAAGGUUCUGGAAACCGAACCUCAGACCCAAACCCGAUCCGCUGGCCUUCAGAGAGCAGCGGCGACACUGGAGACGGAGACGGUGGCGAGACGCCUGGAGGACACCAGGAGGACGCUGGGGGAAGGAAUCAGGAUGAACACGGCUUACAACGCCGUGUUCAGCUACACCGCCGCCGCCGUUACCAUCUCUGCCGUGUACCUGCUGCUCCGGGGAACUGGUUGAACUGGACCUGGACUGGUUUAUGAUGAGUCACAAUAAUAUCAGUUAAUUAUGAGUUUAAUGACGUCCGAUUCCUGGUGAACCGGAAGCAGAUGAUUACACAAACAUGUCUUCUGCUGUCGCUUCACGGUAACUGGAGCACUCAAGACAUGCAGCUAUUUAUCAUGUCCAAUCACUGAUUACAAUAUUAAAGCUUUUCUUUGAUUAUCGUAUCUACAUCUUCCAUCAAAUCAUAAAGGAAAAUCUUCACAUUUCCAGCGAAAUAUCUAAUCUUUCAUUUAUUACCUCUCAUUGUUUUGCUUUAAUUUUUUUUAACUCACAGAUGUAAUCGUUCUGAUCCAGAUCAAGUUGCAGGCUGCCACUAGGGGGCAGGCGUCCGUCUCAAUCAGCUGUUUGAUCCUCCUUCCAAAAAGCAGUUAAAUAAACUUUAAUAACAGGUUUUACUUUUAACCUCCUGAAUUCUUCUGACUUUAAACUCGUUUAUUUUGUUUGGAUGAAGGAAUCUGCCCAUUCCAGCUGAGUUGAAGUUUUGAAUGAACAAAUCAUUGAUUUUAGGAUUUAUUUAAAAAGAAUAACUGACUGACUAGUAUAUUCCCAGUUAAUCCAGUACCAGAGGGAAUAAUUAUCUUCACUUUGGAUUUUAACCAUCGGCUCCAGUGGACCAGGGCAGCAGAAACAGCUUCUAUGGAGAUGAAUGAUGUUAAAAACUCUCAAAGGGACCUUUAAUUGAUGGAUUAAAUACAUUUUUGGCUGUAUAGAUUUUCUGGAGGCUGUUUGCAGCAGCAGAACCUCUCAGAUCCUGGAGUACUUGAACAUGUUUCUGACAUCAUGCACUGGUAUCGCCUCUAUAAUAAAAGGUUGAAUGGGAAACUCA